ACACGGCCCUCCUUGACACACAUUCCUAGUCAGCCCCGCGUCUCCGCAACCGACCUUGUUGUCACUGGACGACCCACAGCUGCAUCAUGGGAAAACAGAAGGCGCUUAUGGACAAGCUCGCAAGGACCUUUCAGAUCCGUCACAUGCUGCUACGCCAGGCUCUGGCAGAGUGCCUGGGAACCCUGAUACUGGUGAUGUUUGGCUGUGGUGCAGUGGCCCAGCUGGUGCUAAGUGGUGGCUCCCAUGGAAUGUUCCUCACCGUCAACUUUGCCUUUGGCUUCGCAGCUACACUGGGCAUCCUGGUCAGCGGACAGAUCUCAGGAGGCCACCUGAACCCAACGGUGACCUUCGCCCUCUGUCUAUUGGGGAGAGAACCUUGGAGGAAAUUCCCUGUGUUUUUCUUGUUCCAGACUAUAGGGGCCUUCCUGGGAGCUGGGAUCAUAUUUGGCAUGUAUUUUGAUGCGUUAUGGGACUACGGCCAAGGAACACUGAUCGUUGUGGGGGAGAAUGCCACUGCUGGGAUCUUUGCCACAUAUCCCUCCAAACAUCUCACUCUGGUUAAUGGAUUCUUUGACCAGAUUAUAGGCACAGCAGCUCUGAUCGUGUGUAUCCUGGCCAUCGUGGACCCCUACAACAACCCCAUCCCCCGGGGCCUGGAGGCCUUCACAGUGGGGUUCGUGGUGCUGGUCAUCGGCCUGUCAAUGGGCUUCAACUCAGGCUACGCUGUCAACCCUGCCAGGGACCUGGGCCCACGCAUCUUUACUGCCCUGGCUGGCUGGGGUGGUGAGGUCUUCACGGCUAAUGCCUACUGGUUCUUUGUGCCAAUCUUUGCCCCCUUCAUUGGUGCAGUGUUGGGGGUGAUGGUGUACCAGCUGAUGGUGGGGUACCAUGUGGAGGGAGAAGCACGGGAGAAGAAGGAAGAGGAGGAGAAGGAGGAGCAAGAUGAAAGGCUCAAACUGUCCAGCCUAACUAUCAAGGACAGUGCAUGAGUUCAUGAAUAUUCUUACCGUGACCCAUUUUAAACCCUCUUUAUGUACAUAAUAUAUAUGUGUGUGUAGUACACUCUUAGAAAAAUGGUUUCAAAAAAGUUAUUUGACUGUCCCCAUAGGAUAAUCCUUUUGGGUUCCAUGUAGAACCCUCUGCGGAAAAGGUUCUACAUGGAACCCAAAAGGGUUCUUCCAAAGGUUCUCCUAUGGGGACAGCACCUUUCUUUUCUAAGAGUGUAUCUUUUUAUAGAUUUUAUAUCUUGCCUUGAUGACAAACACAUUUCUUUGCGGGGAGUAUUAAACUAUAACUUCUCAAUCAAUCAAUCAUUCAUCAUAUACCACCAGGUUCAACCUCGGGAGGCAGUAAGGUUCGAUGGAAACAGUUUGUCAGCUUCAGUAUCUCUGUCACUUUCAACAUCAGAAACGCCUUCAAAUCUAGAAAAUAACAAAACAAAAACAGUCUCCCUUUAUGCCACCUUGCUGACAAAACUCCUAUAGUUAUGCUUUGGCACAAAUAAACAGGAAAACAAAAAGCUCAAAGCUGAAGAAGUAUCACCUCACACACAUUUGAAAUGUGGUGCUUUGUUGAAUUUGUGUCAGGAUCCAAGAGAUUACGUUGCAUCUAGAUUUUACAAUUUUUACUAUGUUUUGCCCUUACAGUUAGGAUUCUGGUUCUACUUAAUUUGCCAUGCUGUAAACAUAGAACUAUAAUCUAAACUAUCCUUAUAUCUACAUGUAUAUUUUACAUAUUCAUUAGACACAUAUAGCUCAGACACUGACACUAACCAAGCCAUACAGUCUGUAGUACAUGCCCUAACAUUACAGGGGCGCUGCAGCAUUACCAGUAUGAUCCUAUCCAUUUAAAAUGUGAGUGAGAUCUUUCAAAGAACUAUGCUGAACAGAUUACUGAAAUGACAACAAAAAUAUUACUGAAAUCAAUCUAACUUUGGACCGCUUUACGGUACACUGUGAGAAAAAGAACCAACAUGAUUGACUGCUUCAGGUAAACCUUCAAUAGCCUGAUUAAAAAGGUGAACGUGUUCGUGGUAAAUGUCCAACAAAAAAAACUAAAAUAGUUGACUGACUAUUUGUUUACCUCUAAAUACAGUUCCAAAACCUUGAAUUGUUUGCCUCUUUACAUUUGCUAUUACCAAAUUCUGGGUAACCUACUUGAACACAGCAGUGAUGUUUCUAUAUCGUAACCACAGCCUAUGCCAUAUGACACUGUCAUGUCGAUUGGUUUUCAAUACAUUUCUUCAGGCAUAAGUCCGCUGUGGCAUGCUAGCAUGAUUUGCUGAUCGAGUGUGAAAAGAGGGUAAAAGAGGAUAUGGUGGAUAAGAUGCAGGCAGGUGAACUGUAGGACUAUAUUUCAAGCUUGUCUUGAGGACAGGGAGGGUCAAGGGGAGGUCUUCUGAUCUGUUCUUUAUUAAAAAGCUCUACUGCCUAGUGCCUGCUUACUCUACUAUAGUUGGCUCACAUUAACAGAGUGGUUAAGGGAAACCCCACAAGAUCAAUAUAUCACAGCUAUUCUCAUAAGAAACCAAGUAUUGGCCAACUGGAUAACAAAUACUGAUCUUAAUCUGUUACCAGAUCUGUUCAAGUUCUGUUCAUUCCUUCAAUAUGAAAUAGUAGUGGAAGCUGGCGGAUAGAAAAUACCUGAAGUGUGAAGAUAUGUGGUAAUGUUCUAAGCUGAGGAUAUGGUGUUCUCCUAAGGUGUUGCAUAAGAGAGAAAACAAAUCAACAGACAUCAUGGAGGAAAAAUCCCAUAAAUCAGAGAAUAAACACUAACGCACAGCAGAGUUUUCUGAGACUGUUUGUCAACAGUACACACAUACACACACAUACAAACACACACAUUUACACACAUUGUCUCUGCAGCUUCAGUAUGUGUGUCACUUUCAACAUCAGAAAUUCCUUCAAAUCUAGAAAAUAACAAAACAAAAACAGUCUCCUUUAUGCCGCCUUGUUGACAAAAUGCCAUAGCGAUGCUUUGGCACAGAUAAACAGGAAAACAAAAUGCUCAAAGCUAAAGAAGUAUCACCUCUCACGCAUUUGAAAUGGGGUGCUUUGUUGAAUUUGUGUCAGGAUCCAAGAGUCGAUAGGACACCUAAAUAAAGCCAUCAAAGGAAGUUGAGCACCAGUAUACAGUUUGACUGUUUUUACUAUGUUUUGCCCAAAUAGUUAAGAUUCUAUACUGAACAAAAAUAUCAACGCAACAUGUAAAGUGUUUGUCCCAUGGUUCAUGAGCUGAAAUAAAAGAUCCCCGUCAUUUUCCAUAUGCACAAAAGCUUAUUUCUCUCAAAUUUUGUGCACACAUGUUUUUGCAUCCCUGUUAGUGAGCAUUUUUCCAUUGAUAAGAUAAUUCAUAAACCUGACAAGUGUGGCAUAUCAAGAAGCUGAUUAAACAGCAUGAUCAUUACACAGGUGCACCUUGUGCUGGGGACAAUAAAAGGCCACUCUAACAUGUGCAGUUUUGUCACACAACACAAUGCAACGUAUGUCACAAGUUUUGAGGAAGAGUGCAAUUGGCAUGCCGACUGCAGGAAUGUCAACCACAGCGGUUACCAGAGAAUUUAAUGCUAAUUCCUCUACUAUAUGCUGCCUCCAACACCGUUUUAGUACGUCCAACCAGCCUUACAACCGCAGACCACGUGUAACCAUGCCAGCCCAGGUCCUCCACAUCCAGAUUCUUCACCUGCGGGAUCAUCUGAGACUAGCCAAACAAACAGCUGAUGAAACUGUGGGUU